AUGACACAAUUAAGUCACUACAUAAAGAAUACGAUCCCGAUGGAGGAUGCUGAGAGAGAUGGUGAGGCACAACUCAUACGAACAGAUUUUGCAAUAUUUUCAACAUUGAUAAAAGAUGUCCAAAAUUACGUGGAUAAAGUUGGCGAAUGUUACGAAAAUGCCGAACAUAACAGAAGAGUUUGCCGCGUAUUAUAUAAACGUGUCAAUAACGCUUUGAGCGAAGUGAAAAAUUUACGUCCACUAAAAGAUGAUUUCAGUUGGUUUUUUGAAAAUAGUAGAAAUUAUCAAAUUUUUCAAGGAUUCGCUAUAAUAAUUAAAAAAAUCCGAGAUUUUAUUAUCGAUAUUUCACAAUUACAUAGCGUUGUUAAAUACUUUAAUGAAUAUCGAAGUCCCGAAUUUUCGAUGGAUAAAAAGUUUUAUAGUCUUAUUCAGGAAUUCGAAAAGUCCACGAAAGCACUUACCCAUGCGUCAAAAGGUCAUCUCUAUUUUGCGAGACCGGAAAUAGAUCAAAACAUCGAAGAAGCUAUAAGUCUGGAUAUUCGUGAUAUGGAAAAUCUAUUUGAUCUUUCUGAAAAAAUUCUUCCUCUUCCAGCUGCUCAGCAACCUGCUAUCCUUACGGUGCCAACACCAAGGAUAUUUUUUGUUCAAACUGUUCAAGAUGCUAUAAAUAUGCAUAAAUCGAAGGAUGGUGAUCAUAAAUUAGCAUACCAAAUUUUUUGCUACUAUGCUGAUUUAGGCGAUUACACUGCAAAAUAUUGGGGUGUUGAAAAACAUGAAGCAGAAGCUGUGAAAUAUUUUGAGAGAUCCGCAAAUAAUGGAAACACAACUGCUAUGUAUAACAUUGGAAACAUGUAUUACAACGGAUAUGGAGUAAUUCGAAACAUAGAAAAAGGCGCAUACUAUCUGAGGCUGACAGCACUAAAAGGUCAACUGAAAGCUAUCGACAUGUGCAAAAGAUGUCAAAUUUCACUUUAA